GCGUCCGACUGUUGCGCUGCGAGCCGUUGCAGCGCACACCAGCUCCAAGUCGACCAACCCCGCAUUCCUCUUCUUCGCCAGCUCUCGCCCUCGCUCCACCACCUGUGUCCGCACCUUUGGACCGACCGCCCAGCAUGUCGCACGACAAGGACGUCAAGCUCGCCAUGUACCCGGGCAACAGCGACCCGCUCUCCUCCAAGACGCUCCUCAACGGCAGCGACCGCGACCUCCCGACCUCGAGCACCGCGACGUCGGCCAAGCCCAGCUCGGGCGGGUUCUCGAGCGAUGCGGUCAAGAAGAUCUGGCCAGGCUACAUCAUCAUGAUCUGGAUCGCCCUCUCGUCGAGCGUCAUCCUGCAGAACGCCUACAUCCUGCGCACGAUGAGGUUCAACUACCCGAUAGCCCUCACGACCUGGCAUCUCGUUUACGCGACGGUCGGCACCCGCCUGCUCCGCAAGUUCACGCACAUGCUCGACGACGUUCAGAACGUCCAGAUGAGCUGGGACCGGUGGUUCAAGAACAUCGUCCCCAUCGGCGCCUUGUUCUCUGGUUCCCUCAUCUUCAACAACUUCGCCUACCUCACCCUCUCGGUCUCGUUCAUCCAGAUGCUCAAGGCGUUCACCUCGGUCGCUGUCCUCGGCAUGUCGGUCCUCUUUGGCCUCGAGCAGAUGCAGCCCCGCAAGUUCGUCAUCGUCAUCGCCAUCUCGUGCGGCGUCGCACUCGCCUCGUACGGCGAGAUCAACUUUGACAUGACGGGCUUUGUCUGUCAGGCGACCGGCAUCGCGUUCGAAGCGUGCCGCCUCGUCUCGAUCCAGAAGCUCCUGACGGGCCUCAAGAUGGGACCUCUCGUCUCGCUCUACUACUUUGCGCCCGUGUGUGCCGCCCUCAACCUGUUCCUGAUCCCGUUCUUCGAGGGCUCGGCGCCGUUCCAGGACGCGCUCGACGUGGUCGGCCUCCCCAUCCUCAUCGGCAACGCCUCGACCGCCUUCCUCCUCAACGUCGCCGUCGUCUUCCUCAUCGGCUGCGCGAGCUCGCUCGUCCUCACCCUGUCGGGCGUCAUCAAGGACAUCCUCCUCGUCCUCGGCUCGGUCGUCCUCAUGGGGUCGACCGUGACCCUCACGCAGAUGGCGGGUUACUCGAUCGCGCUCGCGGGCCUCAUGUGGUUCAAGUUGCCGCAGGAGACGACCGACAAGCUCAUGCUGCAGGUGCGGUCGGCGCUCGGGCGGUGAGCGUCGGCGGAGCGGAGCGGUCGAGCCGAGCCGGGCGACGCAGCAGCAGGGCGGGAGCAUUCGCCCUCUUUCUCUUAGACAGGACCCAUACACCAUGACGACUCUGUUGAUGCAAUCGAGCGACGCGCAUGUCACGUCC